AUGGAGAAGCCGAAUUAUCAAUUGUAUCGGAAUACCACACUUGGACAGGCUCUUCAGAAGACUCUGGAGGAUUUGGUGGCUGAACGUGGGUUUUUUGGGGAGGAUAUGGGAUUUGGGGAAUUUUUAGGGAAAAAUUUGAAAAAUUCAUGAAAUUUGAGCUAAGGACCUUAAAAAGCCUAAAUUUGGGCCUUAGAAAAGCCUAAAUUUAGAGGCUUAACUUAAAGCCUUAUUUCAAGCCUUUAGACUCUUCAAAGCCUUAAUGUAAGGACCUUAAAAAUUUAAAUUCCGUAGGUUAGGGCCUUAUCAAAUUUAAGCUGAAUGUAGGUAUCAAAGUCGCUUUUAAGAGCCCUUAAUUAAGGAUUCUACUUACAAGGGAAGUGCAUAGGGUUAGGUGUUGAACUUUUGAUGAAACGUUCAAAAUAAACCAAAUCUACCAUGCUGAUCACGAUUCCGAAGUCAAAAAUUGCCACAAAUGCCUGUGAGCACUUUUCUGGAGCUCCAAAGUUAGAAUUGAGUUUUGGUUUCUGCCCAUUUUCACCCUGUUUCUGGGUGGAAAAUAAAAUUUUAUAACAUGAAUAAGGUUGUUCACCACAUUCGAAAACAUAUCCGCUUUUCAGUUCUUCGAAAAAUAUGAAAAACCAGCUGAAAACUGCAACUUUUAAGAAUUUCCUGAAAAUACACACAAUCACACGUAAAUACACACGUUUUUCAAAGUUUUUCGUGCAUUUUCGAAAAUUACAGUUUUGACCUGGUUUUUCAUAUUUUUUGAUAAACUGAAAAGCUGAUAGGUUUUCGAAUGUGAAGAACAACCUUAAUCGUGUUAUAAAAAUUGAUUUUCCACCCAGAAACAGGGUGAAAAUGGAGGAAAACCAAAACUCAAUUUCAACUUUGGAGCUCCAGAAAAGUGCUCACAGGUAUUUGUGGCAAUUUUUGACUUUGGAUUCGUGAUCAGCAUGGUCGAUUUGGUUUAUUUUGAACGUUUCAUCAAAAGUUCAACACCUAACCCUAUGCACUUCCCUUGUUAGGCCCUGAAUCUUGAUUAACAACCAAGAAUGAGGUUUUAAGGUUUUAUUUUAAGUUAAUCUAACUAGGGAACCCUCUUUAGGUGCUAAAAUGUAACUUAAUAAGGCCCUAAAUCCUUUAGAGCUAAUUAGCACCUUAAAUUAAUUUCAUUACAGAAAUGAUUCCGGAUAGUUUAUCGCGAAAAAUGAUGGAUGUAUUCGAUAAAUCGUUCAACAAAACAUUGCCGCAAAAAGCCAAGAAUAAGGUGAGCAUUUUUGACCCAAACACCUUAAUUUUUGGGUAUUUAAGGUGAAAGAGCAUCAAAUUUUACCCUAAUUACCCUAAUCUCAUUAAGGUGACAUUUCGUGGCGAUAAAUUGCGAGCCUACCGAUACUGCGACAAUGUUUGGACAUUUAUUAUGGAGGGCGUCGAUUUUCGAGACGCGGUCGAAGGCGGAAAAGUUGAACGCGUCAAAAUUGUCGCGUGCGACGGAUCGCAGAAAGGAAUGUUGUCGCAGGGAUGA